AGUCCAUAGUUAAUCUUUUCCUGGGGGUAAAAAAAAGCGAUAAAGGCGACCGGUUGUAAACAUUGCGCACCUGUACUGGCGCCUUUCCGCCUUUAAAGUCAGAAAAGAACAGAAUACGUUUUGUGAAUUUUUGACAUGGCUUUUGCUUUCGGAAAGAAACUCUGGUGCGUCAGAAAACAACUAAUUAUUAUUCUGACACCGUUCUUACUUCUCCCCCUGAUUUUCGCUCUUCCGGCAAAGGAAGGGAAAUGCCUGUACGUGGUGCUGCUGAUGGCCGUGUUUUGGUGCACGGAGGCCCUGCCUUUGGCCGUCACUGCCCUGUUGCCCAUCUGCCUCUUCCCAACACUGGGCGUCUUGCCCUCUAAGCUAGUCUGCCCACAAUACUUCCUGGAAACCAACUUCCUGUUUCUCAGCGGGCUAGUGAUGGCGUCAGCCAUUGAAGAAUGGAACCUGCAUCGCAGGAUUGCUCUGAGGGUCCUGAAAAUCGUUGGCGUAAAGCCAGCCUGGCUGGUUCUGGGCAUGAUGGUCACCUCAUCGUUCCUCUCCAUGUGGCUCAGCAACACAGCCACCACAGCCAUGAUGCUGCCCAUUGCCAACGCCAUCCUGGAGAGUCUCUUCGGAGAUCUACAAACCUUGAAGGAAAACUGCAAGCUUAAUAGGGAGGAAGAAGGCCUAUCACCAGUAAAGCUGCAAGCCCUGACAUCUGAGAAGGAAAUACUGACAGUAGAAGAUAGGCCGGACAUGAGGCAGAAACCUGAGGGUCAGACUCUGGAGGAAAUCAGGACAGAAUCGGAGUAUCAGCUGAAGGUGUGGAAAGGCUUUAUGAUCUGCAUCCCUUAUGCAGCCAGCAUAGGGGGCACUGCCACUCUGACAGGCACUGCUCCCAAUCUGAUCCUCGCGGGCCAGUUAAAAAGUUAUUUCCCAGACUGUGACGUAAUCAAUUUUGGCUCCUGGUUUGUGUUUGGAUUUCCUCUCAUGCUGCUAUUCCUGGUUCUGGGGUGGAUCUGGAUCUCCUUUCUUUACGGAGGGCUUAACACCAGACUCUGUGUUCAAAAGCAGGAUCGGCGAGCAGAAGCCGAGAAACAAGCCAAGGCCAUCAUUGAUGAUGACUACAAGAAACUCGGAUCUAUGAAGUUUUCUGAAGGAGCCAUCUUAUUCUUCUUCAUCUUGUUUGCCGUCCUCCUAUUCACCAGAGAUCCAAAGUUCUUCCAAGGGUGGUCUGUCUUCUUCCCCAAAGGGUACGUGUCAGAUGCCGUCACUGGGGUGGCCAUCGUGUCCAUACUGUUCUUCUUCCCAUCCCAGAAGCCGUCUUUGAAGUGGUGGAUUGACUGGCACUCACCAAAUACGGAAUAUGUGCCAUUGCUGUCGUGGAAAAAAGCCCAAGACUGCGUACCCUGGAACAUCAUCCUGCUGCUUGGUGGAGGUUUUGCCAUGGCCAAAGCAUGUGAGGAGUCCGGCCUGGCCACCUGGAUUGGGAAUCACAUGCACCCCCUAGUAGGAGUCCCCCCUCCUGUAGCAGUCAUUCUCAUCACCGCCUUCGUCGCCACCUUCACCGAGUUCGCCAGCAACACAGCCACUAUCAUCAUAUUCCUGCCGAUUAUCGCAGAGCUGGCGAAGCAUGGACAGGUGAACCCUCUGUACUUCAUGGUCCCAGCGACGGUUUCCUGCUCAUUCGCAUUCAUGCUCCCUGUGUCCACCCCACCCAACUCCAUCGCCUUCGCGUCCGGACACCUAUUGGUCAAAGACAUGGUAAAAACAGGCUUCGUAAUGAACAUCCUGGGUGUCCUGACAGUGUCCCUCGCCAUAAACACAUGGGGGGCACACAUCUUCUCUCUGUCGACGAUUCCGGAGUGGGCCCAUCUUUUAAACACUUCCGACAGCGUUACAGACCUGCACAACCUGACGCAGCUCCUCGACUCCACUGUGAAAACCUCUCAAAACUUCAGCACAUUCUCUUUCCUUUGACAUCUUUGUGAUAUGUUAUUAUAAUUAUUUAUGACUAAUGAAAUACGGAAUUAUUGAACUUUAGGAAAGCUUUGAUAAAUUUUCUUUCGUACUAUUUGGUUUUUCUUUUUCCUUUUUAAAUGAAAGUCAGUACAAACUGUAUUGUUGUAUUGCACUUAAUUUUCUUUAGAAAGACCACAAAAUACUGUAACUUUUAAAAAGCAUACUGAUUUUUACAGAAAUGUGUUUAUCUAGUUUUAGUAAGCUAAUGGUCAGGCAUUUGCUUUGUUGGGGGUUUUCAGCUCACUGUCAUUCAUCAAAGAAACACCCAUCAAAGCUCAUUUCUACCUCUCUGAAGCAUACGCAACAAACUUCACCCCAUGCCUACCCUAGUAAUUAUAAAUAGAUUACAUUAAGCCUUAUUUUUAGUUUGAGAAUAAGCAGCGUGACAGGCAUAACUAUCAGAUAAUCAUGAACAGGUUGCCCUUCACUGGUACACUACGCGUUCAGUAUUAACUUUGUGCUGAGAUGCAUUUUCAGGUGUGAAAACUGAGUUGCACGUGACCCCCCGAAAGGGGCCGUGUUUGUAACUGACUGUAACUUUAGUUUUAGGGACCGAUUUUGUCUCGCCCAUAGAUAAACAGAGAUACACGCACAGGCAUGUCGCGCGUGACUGCUAUUUCCUGACGGUGCAGAAACACUGGAGCUGUUAAUCAGCAAAAGAAAUGAGGCACUUUGACAAAAGCUAUUUCCGAAAUGCAGACUAUCUGGAUUUUUAAUGUAAUGCAAGUUUUUUUUUGUAAUUUAAACAUAACUUUUGAAAUGAUGAAUGACUUUGCCAAUCGGUUUUAGUUUAGUGUAACACUACCUGUUUACUGAGUUGUGUGGUGUAUACUGUAGUUUAUGCAUGGGAUUUUUUUCGAAUAUGUACAGCUUUUCAUUUUUAAGACAGAGGAAUGUAAAAAUUAAAAUAUUCACACAGUUUC